AUGCCUACUACAAUAGAUAGGGAGGAAGAUCUCAUCCUUGGCAGAAGGCUCAACCUCUGUCCUGCACUUAUAGAUCGACCUUUACCAGAACUCGUCCAAGAAUGCCCUCAAUGCAAUGACUUCCUCUUACAUUGCUGCGCAUGCAACAAUCAACUCCUGGACCUUCCUCGCAGCCAUCGACCAGCUCAGCCUUGCUACCAUUACCACAUCAUAUUCAUCGAUGGUGCAUGUACGAAUAACGGAAAGCCUGCGGCUAAAGCAGGAGUUGGUGUAGCAUACGGCAAUGAUGAUAGCAGCCAAAUGUCAAAGCCAAUCACGAACACAGUGGGCAGCUUCCCAUUGCGGUCGAACCAGCGAGUAGAGCUCUAUGCAGCAAAGUCAGGUUUGGAAUUCUUCUCUGAAGCUCAUGAUAAGGACCCUAAGAGCGAUACUAAAGCUUGGAUUAUCGCUACUGAUUCCGAGUAUGUCAUCAAAGGGAUGACCGAGUGGCUACCAAGAUGGAAGAGAAACGAUUGGCGCACAACUCAAGGUUCUAAACCAGCGAAUUCGGAUCUGUUCCUCGCCCUUGAUGGCAUACUAACAAAGCACGAGGCGGAGAACGUGAAGGUUGGUUGGGUUCUGGCACAUUCCAGGGAGCAUAACAAGAUAGCCGAUCGUCUUGCGAAAGCGGCUGCAGUCUUCAGCGACGAAGCCAGGAACGAGGCCAGGGUGUAGACUUGAAAUGUGAAACAUCGAUUUUGGGCGCGCGGGAGGGCUUUAGACGACAGCGUCAUAUGCUCAUUGUCCAUAUAUUCUUAGGAAGCAUCCGGCCACACCUUAGCUCAAUGUUUAACAUGGCUUGGACUACGAUAGACUUCAUUACAUGAGACGUGCAAACUGAGACGUGUAAACUAGUUCGAAGCUGACCCCGCUAAGGUCGCUCUUUGGUAAGUAUC